AUGGCGGAUGGGGGCCUGGGGCCUGUAUGCCCCGAAGCCAUUGUGUGCAGGACUGGGCCCUGGGCCACUCCCGGGGAGGCUGAGCUCCUCGUGGUCUUCGGCUUGGCACAGAGGAGGCUGGCCACCGGCCACUUCUCCUACACACCCGACCCCCAGCUUCUGUCGGCUGAGCCCAGCAUGGGCUUCCGAGGGGGGGGUCGGGUGAUCCGGGUGACGGGGACCAACCUGGACGUGGUGCAGAGGCCUCUGUUGUCCGUGUGGCUGGAAGAGGCCCCUGCUGGGCCCCAGCGGCUAGACCCCCAGCAAGUAGCCGAGCAUCAUCGCUGUGAGAAUGGGGGGGCCCCCCAGGCUGCCCAGAACACUACGGCCUGGCAGACCUGCUCUUGGCUGGAGGCGGGGCUUCUGGAGUGCUCCACGGCCUGCUCAGCCAACUCCUCUGGCCUGCUCCUGUGCCCGAGUCCUGCGCUCCCCGGGCUCGCCCGCCUCAGACGGAUGUUCUUCACCCUGGACAAUAUCCGAGUGGACUUCGUCAACGCCAGUGGUGGGCAAGACUUCCUCUACCAGCCUGACCCCCGGCUCCAUCCACUCAGUCGCGACAGGCCUGCCCACCCGUACCGCCUGAAGCCUGGCAAUGUCCUGGACGUGGAGGGUGAGGGGCUGAACUUGGGGAUCAGCAAGGAAGAGGUCCAGGUGCAGAUCGGGAAAGGCGAGUGCGUGGUGAAGACCUUGACGCUGACGCACUUAUACUGCGAGCCUCCCAUGUGGCCUCCCCUGCCCCUGAACAGCUCCAGCGCCCUGCCCGAGUUCAUAGUGCAGAUGGGGAACCUUCGGCUGAACCUGGGCCCAGUGAAGUACGAGGUGGAGGCCAGCCUGCCCAGCUUCCCCACUGAGGCCCAGAUCGGGCUGGGGGUGGGAGUCUCGGUGCUCACCUCCAUGGUCCUCCUCCUCAUCCUCAUGUACCGGCGGAAGAGCAAACAGGCGAUGAGGGACUACAAGAAGGUCCUCGUGCAGCUAGAAAACUUGGAGAUCAGCGUCGGGGACCAGUGCCGCAAGGAGUUCACAG